GGAAUGCAUGCAUAGCCUACUAAUUAAGCCUCGUUAGAUAAAUCUAACAUUUGUCAUCUUGAUACCCAAUUAGAAUUAUUAACUUUGAUCAUAUCUAUUGAAUUCAGUUAUUUACUUAAUGGGCUACAUAGGCUAGAUAGAAGACUGGUCACUCUAAUAUCAGAGUAUGGGUGGGGGGUUGGGUCGUCUCAGAGGUCCAUUUGGAUACAUUGUUUCUGAUGUUGGCUCCACGAACACCAACUCUUUUAUUCCCGCUUUGGACACGUGACCAAUGAGAAGGAACCAGCACGCCCGUAGAGUCGGUGCCAUGGUAACGGCUAAAUGCGCUACAAACUAAAAGGAGAGAAAGAGAGGGACAACUAUUGGUGACUAUUCUGAUCCGCUGUAUCCUCAAAUUAACUAAACAAAGAAAGCUCCAARUUUGCAAUGCCCACCUCCAAGGUUCAGGCAUCCCAUGCGGCUCUGCCAAGCCUGCCUCUGAAAAUACCAGAGGGAUUCAAGAGCAAAGUGGUGGCACCCAGGAAUCCCAAACUAGUUAGAAGAGAGGAUAGGCCUAAAAAACUGACACCAUCUGCUUUUGCACAAGAGAUGUCUCAAUCUACAGCGGAGCGGCUGGCAAAUACACAUGAGAUGCACCCACCACGCAUUCUAGAGCUGAUAGACAUGAGUGAGACCACUCACCAGAAGUUCUCUACCAUUGAUGUGGACCAGGCCAUGUUCCAGCCAUACCCUUCGGAGAUUGUGUUCCAGAAUUAUACGCCCUCAGAGACCUUUGAGAUUUCACUGAUUCUCCGUAACAAUGACAAGAUCCCACGGCUGGUGAAGGUGGUGGAGGGAGACUCUCUGUAUUUUAAAGUGGUCAGUCCAGUGGAUGUAUGUAGCAAAGUGGCCCCAGGGAUGGCGUCCACAUUCAGUGUCCUCUUUACACCUCAGGAGAACAAGGACUACAUCCACAGGCUCAUCUGUGUGACAGAGAGGGAGAGGUUUCAGGUUCCUAUCCGGGCAAUUGGGGCGCGGGCCAUCCUAGACUUCCCUGACCACCUGCACUUUUCUCUGUGCCCUGUGAAGUGCUCCUCACAGAAGACCCUGCUGGUGCGCAACAUUGGCAACUGUGAGGCCAAGUUUCAGCUAAGCACACACAGCCCUUUUUCAGUGGAGCCCCCUCUUGGAACUAUUGGAGUUGGAGAGAGCAUGCAGGUGACAGUUGACUUUCUACCCAAGACUGCAGGAGACCACAGCCAGGAUCUGCUGCUUCACUACCAUACAGGGGAGGAUAUUGGCAUCAGUCUGUAUGGAGCGUCUGCAGACGUGAAUGUGAGGCUGGACAGGAACUCUGUCAUAGUGGAGAAGACCUACAUCUCUAUGGCCAACCAACGUUCAGUCUCCAUAGUGAACAGGAGUGAUACUCUAGUCCACUACCAGUGGAAGAGCCUGGCCACUAAAGAGGAGGAAGAGCAGCAGAAGCUAAGGUUCUGUUCCGAACUGCAGCGGGAGGAGGAGGAUGACAUGGAUCAGUUCCUGACAGAGUGUGAUGCAGACCCCACUCUACGUGACCGUCUCUCCCUGCUCUCACGCACCUUCCAGGACCGACGCAGGCAGCUGAAGGKGGAACGRCUGUCCUUCUCAGACAACUACAUCACAGUGGAACCUCUGGAGGGGGACAUUUGGCCAAACACCACCUCAGAGGUCAACAUAAUUUUCAAACCACAGGAGGCAAAGAUUUAUCAACAGACGGUCUAUUGCGACAUCACAGGCCGUGAGUCUCGCCUACCUCUACGGAUAAAGGGGGAGGGGUUAGGCCCCAAAUUACAAUUCAACUURGACCUCCUUGACAUGGGUACCAUCUUUAUUGGCUCCAAACACAGCUAUGAGGUGCUUCUGUCUAAUAAUGGGCUCAUCGAGGCCACCUUCAAGCUGGUGCCUCCCAGCUCAGGGUUUGGCCAGUGUUUCUCCUUCAGCCCUACUGAGGGGAUGGUUCCCCCUGGGGCCUGCCAAGCCAUGGAGGUCUGCUUCUCCUCCAGCACCCUGGGGGUCUUCUCUGAGGAGUUCAUCUUCACUGUGGGGCGAAACCCACAGCCUAUCAGCCUCACGUUUAGGGGUUGCGUAAUAGGCCCCACUUUUCACUUCAGCGUUUCAGAGCUCAACUUUGGGGAUGUGUCCUUUGGUUUCCCUCACACACUGACCUGCAGUCUGAACAAUACUUCUCUGGUUCCUAUCAACUUUGGGCUGAGGGUUCCAGGGGAUGGCAGUGGCCCUUCCAGCAUCACCAGUGUCUCCCAGGUGUCAGACCUGAGUAGGACAGAGUGGAGCUCCAGUACUGUACCAGACCGGCCCAUUGAGUUCACCCUGACACCCAACUCAGGAACCGUGCGUCCUCAGGGACUGGUUGACAUCCAGGUGACCCUGUGCUCCAACAGUGUUCAGCGCUACAGUCUGGCUCUAGUAGUGGACGUACAAGGGGUUGGGGAGGAUGUGCUGGCCCUACCCAUCAAUGCCAGGUGUGUCAUACCAAAUGUUCUUCUGGAUACCCCAGUACUACAGUUCCAGAGAUGUUUCCUGAGUUACCCUUACGAGCAGUCAGUGAAGCUUACUAAUGACAGUGACCUGCCUGCAUGCUAUGGCCUUCUGUUCCAGGAGUAUGAGGAGUACCCUUCUCUGCUCUACUCCAGUGCCCACCCACGAGGGGUCAUUCAGCCCCACAGUGCUGUGGACAUCCCCCUGGCUCUGCGGGCUAAGACUGUUGGCAGGCUUCAACAAACUGCACAGAUUGCUAUAUUUGGGAAGAAGGAGCCUCCUCUGAACCUGCAACUGUCCUGCAUUGGGGAGGGUCCGGUAGUCCAUGUGAUGACAACAGAGGUGGCCUUUGGCAGCAUACCAGUUCUGACCGAUGUCUCCAGAACACUGCAGCUCGCAAACCAGUCCCCGAUACCAGCACGCUUUGUGGCUCAAAUGGUGCGCAGCAGGUCUCUGUGGCGGGUGGAGCCAAGUGAGGGAGAGGUUCCACCCCAGGGGAAGCUGGAGCUGAGGCUAGUGGCUCACCUGGAUGACACCCUGCAUUUCCAGGACAAGCUGCACCUGUCCAUCCAGAAUAGUGAAACACACACCAUCCCUCUCUCUGCUACUGGCAAGGGCACUACUAUUGUCACCAACCGCCCUUUUGCCCCCAGUCUGGACUUGGGAGCCCAUUUCAGGUAG